AUGACAUUCCCUAGUAAAAGGAAAUUGGUAGUAAAACCGGAAGAGACGACAGGGAAGAAGAAGAAGGCUAAUAAUGCGCGCGGGGGAGUGAAGAACGAGGGGCGGUCAGUGGGAGGUGCGGUGGCGAGUGCCACCCCCGUCGUGGGGUCAGAAGAGAACGAGUGUGCCAUCGUCUCGUCUGUUCCGCGCGGCAGUCGGCUGAAGAAAGGAGCCAUAAUCGAAAUCACUGUGUUUAACUGGAUGGUGUUUAGUGGGCCGGUGACGCUGAAGGCAGAAGAAGGAAUCAACCUGAUCGCAGCCGCAAACGCAAGCGGAAAGUCCUCCCUGGUGUGCGCCUUGGUCUUUGGCCUAGGGUACAACUCGAGCAUCCUGUCCAGGAACAAGGACCUAAUCAAUUAUAUAAAAAAAGGAGAAAAAAAAAGUUUCAUUGAAAUAAAGUUAAAAAAAGACGAAAGGACAAACACAACUGUUAAGAGAAUUAUGCACAUAACUCAGAAUAAGGUAGAGUCAUUUUGGUUUGUGAAUAACAAAAAGGUUACUCAAACAGAUAUACAAGAAUUACAAAAGGAGUUUCACCUGAACUUGGGGAAUUUAAUAACCUUCAUGCCACAAGAAAAUGUAAGUCGCUUUUCUAGACUAAGUCCAGAAGAAUUAUUUGAAUGUACUCUCAUGGCGGUUGAUAAAAAUUUACUCGAGAAAUAUCAUCACUUAAAGAAACUGAUAAAGGAAAAAAAGGAAGGAGAGCAUAACAUGCAAUUGUUAACACAUCAAGUGAAGGAAGAGGAAAAACUUAUAAAUGACUUGGAAGGAAAAAAAGGAAAAUUUGAAAAUUUGAAAAAAUUACUAGCCAAAGUUAGAAUAUACCGAGUGAAGAAAUCCCUUAUGGUUAUGCAGGCCAAAAAAAAACAGUUGACAGAAGUGAGAGAAAAAAUGGAUUCUCUCGUGAAGGAAAAAAAUACACAUUUCGAAACGCUGAAACAAUAUUUAUCUGAAGUGGAGAAAUGUCACAAGGUGAUUAACCACCUGUCUGAAAAGCUGUCCCAUGAGAAGACAAAAAUAAAAGAGGCCACAAGUAGGUACAUCAAAAUAAAUAUUCAGUUAGAUGAAAUCGAAGCAGAAAUAGUACGUGAGGAAAAGGUCAUGGAAGACGCAGUACAACAUAUGCACGAAAAUGAAGAAUAUAUAAAAAAUUUGGACAAAAAAAAAAAAAAAAUUGAAGAGGAAUUGGAACAAAUAGAAAAAUUCUUUCAUGAAAGGGUUACUCAAAUGGGGAUCAAAAAGGGACAAGAGGAUCCAGAGGCGUUAGAAAAAGUACUUCAAGAGGAAUUAAAAAAUUUGACAAACACAAAUAAACAAUUUUUAAUGAAAAAAUAUGCGCUGCAGACAGAGCAUGCUUCCCUCAUGGAAAAGCUACAAAAAAGGCAGAAUUAUCAGAACAUACAAGAAGAGAAAUUUUUAAACAGUAUAGAAUUUACUUUACGUGAAAGAAUUUUGAAUUAUAAAAGGAACAUAAAAAAUAUUGUACGGACACACCACUUGUUAAGUGAAUCUUUGUUGGAAGACAUACGAAAGAAGUAUGACUUAACCAAAAUCACAAGCCAGAACGAAAUGAAUGGAGCCAUUAUUGAUGCGUUGUCACAAAGAAAUAUCAUUUAUGGUCCUCUCUGCAAAUAUAUAAAAUGCAUAAAUCCACAGUUCGAUUACGUGUUAGAAUUUUCCUUAAAAAAAUACUUCAAUAGCUUUUUGCUUAUUGAGAAGGAAAAUACAUCACUGCUGGAGUCGCUCUACAAGACUUAUAAACUUUCCGUUAUUACCAUGUCAAGGGAGAAUCACAAAUUGUGUCACGUGACGAGUGAAAUGAGAGAACGUGGAGUCGAAUGUUUUAUUUAUGAAUUAUUUGAAAGUCCUGAGAUUGUAAAAAAUGGACUCAUGAAUUUUAUCCCCAUCAAUAUUGCUUUUGUAGUUCGAGAGGGAACUUUUAAAAACAAAACCACCAAAGAUAUCACAAAUUUUAAUACCUUUAUGUUAGAAGAAAUUUCUAAACAGAUAAAUGAACAGGUCAGUAGUCUCCUUUACUUCUGCGAACAGAGUGUACACCGAUACAGGAUAAGUAGUUACAAUCAAAAUGUAUAUAUUGACAAUUUUUCCUUCAUAGAUGGGAGGUGCAAAAUAUUGUAUUACAUGAGUUCCGAGGUGAAAAAAGACAUUCAUGUGUUGGAGAAAAGGAGAAAAGAAUGUGAAUCUGAAAUGCAAACUUUGAAGGAAAAAAUGGACCAAUUAGAUGUCCUGAAAAAGAAAAAAAAUGAUCAACACAAUAAUCUCAUUCUACAAAAAAGUGAAAUAAAUAUUAGAAAAAAAAAAAAAUUACUUCUAGUUAAGGAACUUCAAACGGUCGAACAAAAUCUUAACCUUUAUUUGAAAGGAGAACAACUCAUUGAUGAAAAAAAAAACAAAAUAAGCAAACGGAUUAACCAUUUGAAUGAGAGGAAGAUAAAACUUUGUAGCGAUUAUUUCGAUACUCUAAAAGGGCACAAAGGAAAUGACAUGGAAGCAUUUUUUAUCUCACGGAAAUUAGCUCAAUGGAAAAGAUACCUCUCUCUGGUGAAGAACCAAAAUGCAGAAAGUGAAAAAAAACACGAAACGUUAAAAGCACAAAUACAUUUAGAGAAUACGAAACAUGCUGCCCUUACACACGAUAUUGAGGAGUUGGAAAAUCUGGUCAAAGUACAAAAGGGUGAAUUGUGUAAAGAAGAAUUGAAGUCGCUCAACGAGAUUAAAGUUUCCCUCGACGAGAUUGAUAAUAUUUUACAAGAGUGUUCCAUUCAGCAAAGGAUUUAUAACAACCUAGAAAAAAAUGAAGAGAAAUAUAAUAUGCUUGUUUUGUCCAUACAAAGACAUAAUGAAAAUUUGAAACAAAAAAAGGAACAACUGGUCAAGAUAGAGAAGGAACUUGAAAUGCACACCAACCAAAUUCAGUUCGUUCUCUCCAAUUGGGUAAAUCAAGUGGAAGAAUGCAUCCUCUUCCUCAAUCACAACUUAGGAAAAUUUAUAUCCUUUAUAAACCCAGCCUAUGGUGCAAAAAUUGAACUUGUUAAAAAAAACGAACUUUUCGAACAAUGCGAAUUGUUUAUUAAAGUCAAAUUUAAAAAGACUGCCCCCUUUCUCUUACUCUCCGUUUCUCAUCAAUCGGGGGGAGAGCGCUCCCUCACCACCAUGCUAUACAUUUUAUCAAUUCAAAAAUUAACCAAAAAUGGCUUUUACGUACUGGAUGAACUGAACCAGGGACUCGACCACACCAAUGAAAAGAAAAUUUUCGAACUGCUCUCUUGCCUCUCUAACCCCACCAUGUACAAGCAGCACUUCAUGCACCACUACGAUUAUAAACAUAUAGAAAUUGAUUAUCAGUCCAAACCACAGUACUUCAUCUUGACGCCCCAAAUAAUUCGUGACAUUUUCUUCAAGGACAUCACGGUGCACUACCUGUUCAACGGCUUCGGCGUCCUCUCUGGGCAAUUCGACGAGGUCGAGGUGGACAAUAUGUAA